AACAACGUCAUUUUGCGGUCGCAUUUAAAGAUCCAGCGACGCCGGAGCUGAUCAUUGUUGUCCUGUGAAGAAGCAGACACAAGAUGGCUUCUACCCAAGGACCAGUGGGCAUUAUCGACCCGUCGCAGCUCUUCCGCCCGGAGAAGGUGUACGACGGGAAGCCCGUCGAAGCCUUCCGGGACUACAUCAUCGAUGACAGCGACCCCAUCAGGAGGCGCGUCCGCUUGACCUACUACGACAUGCACACCUAUCAAAAUGUGGAGUUUGUCACUAAGAAGAUGGAAAAAUGGCUGAAAUUCAACACCUUCAAGUCCACCAUAAAGGACGCUCUGAUAAAGCUGAACGAGCUCGUGGACCAGUCAGACCCUGACUCCGACCUGCCGAACAUCGUGCACGCCUUCCAGACGGCCGAGCGCAUCCGCCAGGACCACCCGGAUAAGGAGUGGAUGCAUCUCAUCGGGCUGAUCCACGAUGCGGGCAAGGUUAUGGCGUUCUACGGCGAGCCUCAAUGGUGCGUGGUCGGCGACACCUUCCCCGUGGGCUGCAAGUGGGGCAAGAGCAUCGUCUACGGAGAUGACAGCUUUAAGGAUAACCCUGACUCUUACGACCCUAGAUACAACACCGAAUGUGGUAUGUACUCGCCGAAGUGCGGGCUGGAGAAGCUGAUGAUGUCCUGGGGACACGACGAGUACCUGUACCACAUGCUGAUACAUAACAAGUGCAAGUUCCCCAAGGAGGGCCUCUACAUGAUCAGGUACCACUCAUUCUACCCGUGGCACGCGGGCGGUGACUACAAGCACCUCCUCAAAGAGAGCGAUAAGGAGAUCCUCGAUGCUGUCCUCGAGUUCAACAAAUACGAUCUUUACACGAAAAGCGCCGCCGUACCCGACAUCGACGCCCUGUGGCCCUACUACGAGAAGCUCAUCGAGAAGUACAUGCCCGGAGUCCUCGAGUGGUAGACCAAACGCGUCCUAAGUCCAUCCCCACCCCACACUAG